AAUUUGGUCAGUUACUCAGUACUUGAGUAGAGUUUUUACCAAAUACUUUUUACACUUAUUUGAUUUACUGCCCAGCUCUGCCUUGCAUUAAACACCUCCUCUGUUAUCUUCAGCUUAAAUAAGCUAAAGCUGCACAUUGACUUUAAAUUCUUAAAUUUAACCGUUUUCAACUUUUUUCAGACUAAACGAUGGAACCACGAAGCAAACAGAAUUUUCUGCAGCUUGAAAUCAUUUUUGCACCAUUUUUGGCGCCCCUAGCAGCGCCCCUAUGUAGUGCACGCCCAUUUUUUCCUCACCGCUGUCACUUCCGGUACGUCUCAGUUUUCCUCUGGAUCCUUGUUUUUUUUCUGUUUAGCUUUGAAUAAUGUUUUGGAUUCACUUCCAACCAUCUUACUCCUAUGAUAAAAGCAAUAUCCUCCAUCAACUAGGUUCCAACAUCAUGGCUCCUGCAGCAGACGGAUCCGCUGUGCAGGAGCCAUGCGCCAUCAUUUCCUCUUUCCACGAAUCCCCAGUUAGAUACCUGACGAGAUCUUCGUUUCCUGAGGAACAGUAGAAAAACUCUUGACUCGGUUGCCAAAUACAUCUCAACCCAGACAAACGCUUCCAUCUUCAGCAAACCCUGGUUUAGGAUGAAACUUUCUGAGUGUUUCCUGCGCAGAUUAUGCUCCAGAUUUGCUGCGCAGCAUAAAUGUGCGCAGCAUAAAUGUGCUGCAGUUCUUCAUGCACUCAGCUCCACAAAGGCUCCAACAUCAUCUCCAGGAUUAAUCACUGUUUCCCGCCUUGUAGUUUCUGUGGUGAAUGCGGACACAUUAUAGAUCAAAUCAUUUACACGUGCAGACACUCAAUGCAGAAAAUGCUGACUAGAAAUAUUUUUACACCAUUUUUGGCGCCCCCUGUAGCGCAGCGCCCCUUUGUCUGGGGCGCACACACUUUUUGCUGCUACUUCCAAUACGUCUCUGUUUUCAUCUGGAUCUUUGUUUUUUCUUUCUGUUUAUCUUUGAAUAAUGUUUUGUAUUUACUCCCAUCUUAUCCAUUUUUUACUUUUGUUUAUUCAUUUUUUAAGUUUUCUAUGGUUGUUGCUUGGAUCGUCUGACCCACUGCGUCCAUUUCUUACCUUUUACAAUCUGCAUAUUACGUUUGGACCAGCAUUUUUCUCCACACUCUUAAUUUGAACGAGUUUUAAAACCCUUUUUGUUGUUUCAGCUGAUAAUUGUCUCGUUAAAAACUCCGCUUAGUUCUUCAGCAGAAUUGGAUUUGUGUAAGAAAUGACAACUACAGACUGAUUCCACACUUUUACUCUAGUUUUGUCGUUUGUUUAUUGAUAAUUGUUUGGUAAACAUCUGCGUUAGAGCAUUGACGUUGUUCUCUAACGCGACAAUAUUUCGCUUGCAGCAGCACUCCUUUUCUCUAUUUAUUCUUAUAUGAAAGCUAGCGGCUCUUCUUAAACUUUACAGACGAUUUUAUUGCAAAAACAGAUUAAAAACAACAAUUUUAAACGCUUAAAAAGUUUUACAGUAUCUCUCAAUUUCUGUUUUUGAAACAAAAUGCUUUUGUGAAAUAACUUCUAUCACAGAUUUGAUUGAUUUUUCUGGUGUUUCUUUCUAUAAUCAGCACUUCAGUGCGCCAAAAAAAAAAGAGAAAAAAAGACAUAAUAAAAACCAACGCAAGAAACAAGUCGUGCUGUUGUUUGAAGGCUGCAGCAAUGGCUCUAUGAUUCAUGGAGUAAACGGCCAAGAAAGGGGAAAAAAUAGUCGUCUUUGAAUGAGAUGCACUGUGUUGUUGUAGUGAAUGUGCGGAGAUAUUGGUGUCAGGAGGCCUGUCUCCUGCUGACACAGUGACACAGGCCUGGACGCACACAAACAGCCAGCCUCGCAUCACUUGAGCCGCAAAUUAAUCUUUACACAAAUAGAAGGUUACAUGAAACAUAGUAAAUGCAAGCGAAAGGUUACCAUGAAUGUGGGCAGUAAAUGAAUAAAAGCGGAUGAUUUGCAAGGUUUUCAGCGCGUAAACUUAGAUGAACGCUGGAUUAUAAAAGCAGAAAAUCACUUUGAGGUGAAAAGAAAAGCACACAGAUCAUCUUUUGUUCUUUUAUAAAUGUUUUAAAUUGGUCCUGCAUAUAAAGCUUUGUGUACUGCUGUUAUUUGCGACCCUACGUUUAAGAGAUCCAAGCUCAUAUUUAAUAGAUGCUUCUUCUAUAGCAUUGCAGUCCUGGUGAAUUCAGAUUGGGGCCGGAUGCCUGCAGACAUUAAAGAUUUACUGACAGCUAAAUAUUUCAGGACGGCACCUUGUCAGUCGCCCUCACAAUUUAUCCCCCCUUCGUCUGAUGGAGGCUGCCAUCCUUUAUUUACACCCGGUUGAUUAAAUGUGGGCGAAAGCAACUGAAAAGUUAAUUUUCUUAAUUAUAAGCUCUUUCUUAACGCAGUGAAGUGUGGGCGCUCGUUUUAUUUUGUUGUUAUUUUGGGAGAUUUUAAUGUUUGGUGUUGAAUGAACCGGUAUGAGCAGCAAUUUAUUGCAUUUCGUAACUGAGUCAUGAAAAAAUAAAUAAAUAAGAAAAUCCCGAAAGGGUGAAAUUAGAGGGAGUGUGCGGCGAGUGCGCGCACGCGUCCUCUCUCCCUCUCUCUCUCUCUCUCUCUCUGGAGAGGGAGAGAGAGAGUGAGUGAGUGGAGGGGGGUAUCUGUGAAAAUAAUAUCAGGCUUUUCCGUCAGAAUGAACUUUACUACUGUAUCCAGCCAUGAAAUAAUCUGACCCGACACUUCAAACCAUCUGCGCUAUCUAUCCGCCCUCUUAUUUACUAAAUCAGCCUGCGCACAAAACGGAGUGUGUCUGAUAGCCCACUAAAAAACCCGAGGAGCCUGCCGGGGCCGUCAUAAUCCCACACACACACACGGACACACACAUAUUCCUCCUCUGUUGUUGUGUUUUUUGCGCAUCACAAACUGAACGCUGUCGACACUGAUGGAGGAAAAUAAAGAAAACAUUAAUUACAGACAGGAAGUCUGUUUUCUUAUUUGUUCAACAAACAUAAAAAAAAUGGAGCUCGAAAUGUAAAUAUUGGAGAGAUGAAGAUUUAAAAAAGCAAAAAUAAAAAUUGGUGAGAUUAUUGUGAAAUAGGGAAUCUAACCGAAUGCAAAUUAAACACCGAGCGAAAUGAUGCGUAAGGCUGCGUUAUAAAUCCCGGUGAUCAGCCUUAUCGCCACAGGCUCUGGCUAAAUAUGAUAUUGCCUGUUUCAUUCUGACAUUAUCUUUUUUUUUUUUUUAUCUUGGGGGCAGCAGUGCUGUUUGUUUUCUGCGCAGUUGUGUCAUUUCGCCGCGUAAAGCCGCCUUAACGUUAAACCGGCUGUGCGUCUGUCCGCAUAUCCGCUGCGCACACUUUGUGCGACAUAAAGAAGGCGCAUACAGGGAAGGAAGGACAGAAGGGAAGAAGGAAGGAAGGAAGCGUCGAAACGUUUCAGGACGCGCAGCAAAAUAAAAAAAAAGGGUCAAAAUGUUGAUAUUGUGUUUGAAAAGGGAGGCGCUGAGCUCUCCUUUCCGCCCGAUUGGCCGGACUUGACAGUGAUUGACGUGCAUCCAUGGCAACCGCGCAGCCAAUCUGCCAAGUCCAAUAGAAAAUCAUCGGAGGGGGCCUGACUAGCUUUUUCUCUCCCCCCUCCUCACCCCUCCCUUAAAAAUACAUCUCAGCUCCGGCUUUAAUUCUUCCCUGCAUUCAGUCCCAGGCUACCUUGAAAAAUACACCGCCGCUCGGGCUUUAAAGGCUCCAGCAUCUUCGGCCAAGUUCACCGCGGCGGAGUGAGGAUGCGGUAGCCGAGGCCCCGCACAGCAUCGUCCCUCCUCAGCGGCGCUUCCCUCGGCUGCUCAGACGGGUUGGUCCGCUAACUUUGGGAUUUGCCUUGGUUUUUCUUUUUUCUUCUUCUUCUUCUUUCUUUUUUUUUUUUUGGGGUGCCUUGGAUUGCCUCGGCGCACGGAGAGAAGACGCGGAGGAAAGAGAGAGAGAGAGAGGAAAAGAGAGCGAGAGAGAGAGAGGAGGGGGAGAGUGGAAACCCAGGAGAAGCCUCCAUGUUUCAGCUGCCCAUCCUGAAUUUCAGCCCCCAGCAGGUCGCCGGGGUCUGCGAGACUCUGGAGGAGAGCGGCGACGUCGAGCGCCUCGGCCGCUUCCUCUGGUCGCUGCCCGUCGCGCCUGCGGCCUGCGAGGUCCUCAACAAGAACGAGUCGGUGCUGAGGGCCCGGGCCGUGGUCGCCUUCCACACCGGCAAUUUCCGCGAACUCUACCACAUCCUGGAGAACCACAAGUUCACCAAAGAGUCGCACACGAAGCUGCAGGCGCUGUGGCUGGAAGCGCACUACCAGGAGGCUGAGAAGCUGCGGGGCCGCCCGCUGGGGCCCGUGGACAAAUACCGGGUCCGGAAGAAGUUCCCGCUGCCCAGAACCAUCUGGGACGGAGAGCAGAAGACCCACUGCUUCAAGGAGAGAACCCGGCACUUGUUGAGAGAGUGGUACCUGCAGGAUCCGUACCCGAACCCCAGUAAAAAGAGGGAGCUAGCGCAGGCUACUGGACUCACACCCACACAGGUGGGAAACUGGUUUAAGAACCGGAGACAAAGAGACAGAGCGGCGGCUGCGAAGAACAGGCUACAGCAGCAGGUUCUCUCCGGCGGCUCGGUUCGCUCCUUGGCGGAUGAGGACGGCACGGUGGACCGCUUAGGGAACUCCUCCAGCCCGGAGGCCAGCCUGUCCAGCAAGGCGGCCGCCUCGGCCAUCUCCAUCACCUCCAGCGACAGUGAAUGUGACAUCUGAGCAGCGCGAACUGACCGAUUAAAGGGGGAAAAGACAAUCUAAUAAAACAAGUAACAGUGCCUGCGUCGAGUUAAAACACACAGACACACACACACAGACACACACACGCAUACAAACAUACCCACACACACACACUGACAUUUGACGGCUGCCAAAACAUGAGGGGACCCGCCAUUCGUGGGUGCCAUUUCAGGCCUAUACGUUUGUUUGCGUGGAAACUGAAACCGGACAUUUCACGGACUAAUAGCGCUUGAAGAUGAAAUUUUUAAAAAAGGGACAGAAAUAUAUUAAAAAAAGAAAGAAAGAAGGAAUGAAAGGAGAGAUGAGUGUCCAUCCAAACUGGCCUGACCUGCUGUUCUCUGUGGGUAUUUCAUGUUGAAAAGAAGAACUGUGAUAUUUUUACUUUAAAGUUUUAUAAAUAAUGUUUAUUUGCUUAUUUAAAACGAUCUGCUCUAUUGUCUCUUCGAGUUUCAUAUUCAUUUGCUUGGUGUUUUUAAUACAUACCUUGUACACAGGUGAACCUGUUGAGCAUGCGCGCUUUAGUGACAUUGUGUUUCAGUAAAAAAAAAA